AUGCUGGUAUCGGAUUCAGGAGUGACUGGUGGUAGUGAUAUUUUGGUGAAAAUCGUCAGUCCCGAGGGUCAAAUGUUCACCGCUUACUUCCCAGAGGAUACUCUGGUAGAGGAAAUAAAGAAUCGUGCUAUAGAUUACUUCUAUCCGGCCGGAGAAACUGGAGCUGGGAGAUUUAAGAUAGUACGAGUGUGUGAUACAACUACGCUACAUGACUUUUUAACUCUUGGUCAAGAACAGGUGGUCAUGUAUGAGGAGUUGUUGUUGAUUGAGAGGAGAAUUCCCGAAGCUGGGACGCUUUGGGAUCUAGGAGCGGUGAGAGCGCCUCAACACGGCGCUAUAACAGCUGCGACUGCAACUCUACCAGCGCCCCAAAACCCCGUCCGUCAGCCAAAUCUACAAUCUCUACUAUCCACCAAUGAAUUAUCGUUUGAAUUGAGGAAGAUCCUCAUAUCGCUCAUCGAAGCCGGAGCUAGAUUAGCAGCAGCGGGGAGGAAUUACGAAUUAACGUUGGCUCAGCUAACCGCUGCUUUGGAAGAACCGAGGAAACCUCAACCGAUCGUAGUCCAAGUGAUAACUCCGGAAGAAAUAGCAGCAAGACUGAAUACCGCUGACGUGAACAGUAUAACCACAGGCGCUUCGAAUGGCGGUGAUGAGUUAUACAAACGAGCACAACAUUUACAACGAUUUCUAGAAAAAUUUCGAGCAUGGAGAAUGAAAAUAAUGGACCCUCCGAACCCAGAAGCGAUUACUGCUUUAAAAGAUCUUGGAUUUUCUUACGAUGAUGCGGAUAAUGCUUUGAGGUCCACUGGAUGUAAUGUUCCAGCUGCAGCCUCUUGGCUAAUGGGAGAGAGAGGUUCGAGCGUAUUUGAACUGAUUAAUGGUCUACCUGACGGUCUCAUCUUGCAGACUCUAUUGAAGCAGCCCCAGAUACAGCGUGGUCUACUGAACACGAGAAUGCUGAUCGCUUUCAUCGCGAUGGUCGGACAGACCGGCAGCGCGUCACUCUGGUUGAAUUCUCCCCACGGAAGUCCAUUACUAUCACAAAUAUCGAGGACCUAUCAUUCAGAGAAGUACUGCCUCGCGGUCAACCAAUUCUCCGAGAGGCAGGAGCAUCAAUCUGCACCAUCUACUUCUAGACAAAGAAAUUGA